AAUAAUUAACGACAGUCCCUUUGAGUGUGAUAUAAUAACCCGAGAAGUUACCUUUUACAGCAAAAAAAUUGCUCUACUAUUCAAAACCAUUAAGUUGUGAACACUAUGCCAUACGUCAAUCCCAAACUCGUCGCAGCCAUUCCUCAGGCAAUGUUGGACACGUUGCCAGUUGCAUAUCCACCGGUAGGAGUCGUACCGAACUUUGCAAAUCCAGCCACGCGGGUUCCUGUUAUUUUGGGCAUUAGUAUAGCAUUUUUUGUGCUGGGUGUUGUUUGCUUCAUAAUUCGUAUCUAUACCAGAAUCGCACUUAAAAAGAUUUGGAGGUGGGAUGAUUGUGAGUGUGUUCUGACUUCUAACCAGACAUGACACUGACUAGCUUCAUCAGUAACCUGUGCACUAGGCUUUGUAAGUAUGCCUACCGCGCUUAUGAAAACGAAGUCAGAGCUCCAUCUAAUGUGAUAUGUGUAGAUGUUCAGUCUAGCGUAUUUUGGGGCGGCAGUUAACGGUAAGUGAAUUUCCGAGUCAAGAACCUGUGGGGCUAAGGCUACAAAGGGUGCCUGCACGGGGCAGCAGGCCGACACCAAUGGGAGAUGUACUUAUCUCAAGCCCUUGGGAAAGCUAGUCUAUACGUAUGGAAUAUAAGAAUGUCUAUAUUUUGAGCAUGCUACUAAUGAAUAAUAGCACAGCUACAUCGCCGUGGUCAUGGUCACUCCAGCUUUAGGCCUCAUCAAAUUCAGCCUCUUCAUUCAAUAUUAUUUACUAUUCAGUCUCAUGCGAUGGGUCAGAAUUUAGUGUGUGGAUUGGAGCUACGCUUUACGGUCUCUUCUACAUCACUGUCAGCAUCACAGCCUUCGUAAUGUGUAGUCCUUGACAUGGGGAAACCAUGCUUGAGACCAUACUGUCAGAGCAUUAUUUUAAAUUUGCCUAGUUCACUAUUCCGACCGGCGUGAUCGGUAUGCUGGUGGACUGGUAUCUUUUCCUUCUUCCAAUUCCGGCUUGUCUUAGCUUUGCAAAUGUCUACUGCAAAGAAGAUUGGUGUGUUGAUCAUCUUUAUGACCGGAGGCCUGUGAAUACUCUGCUGAAUUAAGCACAGAAUACCCAGAAAAAAACUAACUUGGUGUUUAGAGCUGCCAUUGCCUCCAUGAUAAACCUGUACUACCGCGUCAAACUUCAAAGUGAUCCCAGUGACGCGACUUGGAAAGUCGGCUAUGUCUUGCUCUGGACGUAUGGUUCAUUAUUCAAUCCAAUUAUCAAAAGGCUGACCGCACACAGGAAUAUUGAGACAUUUGCCGGUGUCGCUGCCUCUAGCAUGCCUACUGUCCAUCAAUUUUUCAGCGGAUGGAGUUUCUCUCUUGCAUCCUGGAAAGCAUCACUCAAGUCCAGCCUCAUACAUCUGCCCGGCAGGAAUAAGCGAGAAAAGCUCUCAGGUGAUCACCAGCCCGGAUUCACAGCUUGGCCCGGUGAUGAUGUAGGCAAUUCUGGGGGUCAUAAAGGUAUCAGAAUGAAUGAACUGGACCUGACCGCCUAUGACCGAGUAGAGCCUGAGAACCCUAGAGUUGCAGAUCCAGAAUCUCAGAUUCGUCUGACACAUUUUAUACUGUCACCAGAGAGCAAAUGCGCGAGCGCCAUGGCCGAUUGCACAUCUGGGAAGUGUCAGCCAUACCGGACGUAGCAUGAGUGAUGCCCUGGAAUGUUUCUUUUACUGAAUUUGGUGGUUCCGUGGACGGUCAAUUUGAUACGACCACAAGAUGGGAUUCAAAACAAGCAGCCUAGGAUAAAAUGCAGACACGACGUCUAAGAAAACCGGGAAUUAUGGGUUGGUGUCUGUAUUCAUUAGUUAUAUUGGAAUUUAAAAAUAAAUCGAGCAGACUUCCCCGAGUACUAAAUGACUAGACUA